AUGGGUGAGAAGCUUAACCAGUGGUUCUACGCAUUAAAAGCAGUUGUCCCGAAUAUAUCUAAGAUGGACAAGGCUUAUUUGCCAGGUGAUGCCAUUGCAUACAUCACUGAUCUCCAGACGAAGAUUAGGAUUUUGGAAGCAGAAAGGGAGAUGGUUGUUCGAGUGAGCUACCCAUUGGAUACCCACCUGGUUUCUGGAGUUAUAAAGGCAUUUAGAGAACGUCAAGUAGUUCUUCAAGAGUCUGAUGUUUCCAUGACCGACAAUGGAAAAGUUAUUCACUCGUUCUCUAUUCGAACACAAGGUGGUGCUGCAGAGCAUUUGAAGGAGAAGUUGGUUGCUUCUCUUUCAAAAUGA